UUCUGCUACACUGCUCUUCUCUCCUCCGUUAAUUACGACUCUAAACAAUAAGACCGACAAGAUGCGCACUAUGAUGUUGAUGACGGUUGGUCUGCUGGCGUUGAUGUUUGGACACCUGGAUGGACGCGCUCAUGGCCGGAAACGACGCGACAGACCAAACUGUCUCCAACGGACGGUCUCUCCCAGACUGAUCAAGGAAUUACUCAACAAAACAGAAACUCUCACAAACUCUUUACCAACGUUCCCCAGAAAAAUAUAUGAAAGACUUCUGCCCAAAAUCUGUACAACGUGUGCUAAGAAACAACUUGGCAUCUGGGAAAUCAACAAGAUAUUGGAUGUCUAUGGCAAUGUGUUCAACCAGAAAUCUUUGGAAGGUCUGUACCCCAAACACUUUGAGGAUCUUCUGGCAAGGCUGGAAAAAGAUGUGCAAUCUUGUCUGGUGGAGUGCCCAACUAGACCAAAAUGGACCAAGACAACCAUCAGGAAGAUGGAGAACACUUUUAAGAAGCUGGACACCAACAGGACUUACAAGGCCAUCGGAGAGUUCAAGACCGUCCUCCUGUGGAUCAGUGACAUGAGAGAGAGAAAGGAAAGGUCAAUGGAUAAAUGCCAGUAGUCAUCCAUCCAUCCAUCCAUCCAUCCAUCCAUCCAUCCAUCCAUCCAUCCACACUGUCAAACUGGAGAAGUGGACUGUCACUGACACACACAGAGGAGACCUUCCAGUCACUCCUGAAGAAUGAAUGCCUCUGAUAUCAUAUCAACCACAGCUUCCAUCCACCCCUGGCCUGGACAGUCUUCUAUCUAAUCUACACGAUCACCUGGAGCAAUGGACUGUACACACACACACACACACACACACACACACACACCACUCCACCCAUUCACCACUGGCCUGUGUACCAGCCACUCCAGCCUCCAAGUAAUCUGAUGCACCAGACUCUACCUCCCACGGCACAAAAGCCUGGGGACUAGGUUUGCAUCCAACGGACUCCAACUGACAUCAUUGGCCUAAAUAAUCAGCACAUUUCCAUUUUCCAGGAGCUCAACUUGUAAGUGAAUGUUUUUGGAGCACUGUCCCAUGACUCCACCAUAACAGUGAGUCAUCACAGGAUGCUGCUCAGUGUCCAGUUGUACAACACUGUAGAGUACAACAAACGGUCCUUCUAUUUUCUAUGGUGGUUCCAUCAUUGGUUUAAAGGUGGCUGUGACGGUCUCCUGGCUCUCUGACCACCUGACUGAUUGACCUGUAAUGCUGAGAACAUUCCUGCAG